AAACACAAACCGUAAAUUCAAUUCCUUUUCAAAAUCUCCCACUCCCAAAACACAGAGAGAGAGAGAGAGAGAGAGAGAGAGAGAGAAAUGGCGGACAUUGAAGAAACAGAGCUGAGCGACAAGCAGAAGAACGAGAUUGCCAAAUGGUUCCUUCUCAACUCUCCUGUCGGUGAAAUCCAAUACGUUGCCAAAGAUGUGAAAGCGAUACUAAACGACGACGCAUUGUACAACGAGGCAGCUUCGGAGGCGUUUCCGUUGUACAACAAAUCACAUAUGAUUUGCCUCGGAAUGCCCGGUCGAGCCGGCGAUGUACUGGUAACAUCAUUCGGUGAACUCAAUGAGAAGGAGUAUCUUGAGCCUAGGACUGCCCAAGUUGCUAAAAUUGACCACAUUAAACAAGUUUGUACAGGGGCAAGACCGGCUCUGGAUGAGGAACUUCCAUCUGCAUAUAUAGAAGAAUUUCGAUGUGCUGUGGACAUGGAAAUACUUAAGUAUGUUGGUGAAGCUUAUCCAAAAGGUAUCUGCUCAGUUUACUGUACAAAUGGAAAAGAUGUAGAGGGGCCAGGUUCUGAUUUUGAGCUUGCUGUGGUGGUUUCCGCUACUAGACUUAGUCCACAGAAUUUUUGUAAUGGAAGUUGGCGCUCAGUGUGGAACAUUGAGUUCAGGGAUGAAGAACAAUUACUAGAACUGAAGGGCAAACUGCAGGUGGGUGCCCAUUAUUUUGAAGAGGGAAAUGUGCAAUUAGAUGCUAAACAUGAAUGCAAAGAUUCUUCAAUAAUUCAGUCUCCUGAUGAUUGUGCAAUUACGAUAGCCAGCAUUAUUCGCCACCAUGAGACAGAAUACUUGGCAUCUCUUCAGGAUUCCUAUUCAAAUUUGCCGGAUACCACUUUUAAGGAUCUCCGGAGAAAGCUUCCAGUUACUCGAACCCUAUUCCCAUGGCAUAAUACCUUGCAAUUUAGCCUGACAAAAGACAUUACAAAAGAACUAGGCAUUGGAAAGUGAUGGUUGCUGAAGGUGUAAAAGUAAAGAUAGCGUAACAAGUUCCCCCUGGUUUUAGUUUGCUGCGGGAUUUGUGCUCUACCAUCAGAGUUUCGGGCCUCAGUUUUAUUGCGCUAUACUGUACUGUACUGUACUAUUGUUUAUUCUGAUGAGAUGUGUAUAGCAGGAAAGGGUUGCAGUUGUUUAUCAUUUCUUAUGUUUGUGGAGAACGAUGACUCAUUUGUAAUUAUAGUGUAUAAUGUUAUAGUUUGAGCAAUUAUUUUCCCUAAACAUUUGAAUGAAAAUCAGACGACAAAGAACUCAUUGCUGAUUGCA